AUGACGUCAUACGAUUGGCGGGUGUCCACUGUUGUUUACAAGAACCUGCACCGGAAGAUGUCAAAAAGAAGCCGGAAGUACCGGAAGGCUAAGCUGGGCAGCCAGGUCAUCUCUGUAGCUGUUCAGGAUGCGCACUAUCCCCACAAAGCGAAAGUAGAAACACCCAACGCAAUCAACUUCACAGUGGCACGAGUUGACAGAAAGGGCGAGGAAGAGAAAACCCGUAUCUGUGCCUUCUGGAACACCAACGAAGCUGAAUGGUCGGACACCGGGUGUCAUCUACUGAGUCAGAAUAAAACCCAUACGACCUGCUCGUGCGACCAUCUCACCAGCUUCGCCGUUCUUGUGUUGUACUACAACGAUGAUGAAGUAUCUGAUAUCAAUGAGCGAGUGCUGUACAUACUGUCAGCUGUUGGCUGUAGUUUGUCCAUCCUGGGACUGGCCAUGACCCUCUUCAGCUUCACAUAUCUCAGGAUGCUGCACCGGGAACGGAUCUUGAUCCAUGCAAAUCUGGCAGGCUCUCUCAUGCUUGCCCAGAUUAUCUUUGUUGCUUCAAGUGACGCCCACAAGAGCCAGGUCCUGUGCAAGGUGGUGGCGAUCUCGAUGCACUUUUUCUUCAUGGCUGGCUUUACGUGGAUGAUGCUUGAAGGACUUUGUCUUUACCUCAGCUGUUUACGGAGUCACCACAACUACGGUGACAUGCGUCUCAAAUACGCAGUCAUCGGUUGGGGCGUGCCUAUCAUCAUCGUCAUCCUCUCCGUAGGUAUACAGUUCCCUCACUACGGCGAUGGCCCGGGGGACAGCUGUUGGCUGUCAGCUGAACACGGACUCAUCUGGGCUUUCAUGGCACCCAUGCUCCUCAUCGUCAUCUUCAACCUGAUCAUCCUGGGCCUGGUCAUCAAGGUGUUUCUAACCCUCAAGGCCAACUCACAGAAGACAGAGGCUGCUCGCAUCAGAGCCAGCCUGAGAGCCAUGUCCAUGCUGCUGCCACUGCUAGGGGUCACGUGGCUGAUCAGCAUCCUCGUCCCCUACAGCACCAUCUUCCACUAUCUGUUCGUCAUCGGCAACUCUCUGCAGGGUUUGCUGAUUUUUUUCCUCCACUGUCUGUGCAAUGAUGAGGUACGGAAGUUCCUCGCUGCUAAGCGAGCCACGCCCACCAUGGGGACAGCCACCUCGGACAUCGGCGAAAGCGCACUUUGGAGGCGUCGGCGGUCGGCGGCGGCUCUAAGCUUUGAUGACGUACAGUCCAGAUGUCACACAAGUGCACCAGGUCGCCGACAUGCGUGGAUAUGAACUCGGGGACAAGAGAAGAUCACAAGGAUUGUGUGUAGCGUCUCUCUCACUCUCUCAAGGUCACUAUACUGACCUUGCGCUGUCACGUGCGCGGCUACACGACAAUGUUGUGGUGGUCACGGACGGGUGACUAUUGCGGGGCUAAAUGCACGUGUUUGUGACUGAUAACAAAGGGAUAAACCUCUCAACGGAAAUCAAAUGAUUUACGUAAUUCAAUAAUAAAAAUCGCUGAAGAUUAGCUCACUGAAACGUGUUUCUUGUUGACUGUGU